AUGCUGCUUCAAAACCCGGAGCGCUUUCGUUCUGAACGCCCCUUGUCCGAACGCACCCUCCCAGAGCGUCUUCUGGCGUCGUGUUUUCCCGUAUCCUCUCUAGAAGCCGCUGAGGACGUCAGCGUCCGUCUCGCUGACGCAAACUACGCGCUUCACGAUAGCGAUAGCGAUGAGGACGGUAAUAACGGGGACCUCAGGGGUGGAUCUUAUGCGCGUUCUCUGCUGCCACGUGUCAUCGGAUCCCUAUGCCGCUGCUUGCCUUGGCAUUGGACGGCGAAUGAAAAUCAUGGUGCGGCGAGGCGGUUAGGGGGAGUUGCUACUCGUAGGUCGAAUCAAAUCGCGAGGAGAUUAGGAGGAGCGGCGGGCAAGCAAGCUGGCGGGGACGAGGAGGAGGGGACCGUGAGGGUAGCGGAGGGGGAAGUCGGGGGGGAGGGAGACGAGGAGGCGAGGGAGGAGGGAGCGAAGGAGGUCAGGGGGGAAGUGGAGAAGGAGGUUAGGGAGGAGGGAGAGGAGGUUAGGGAGGAGGGAGAGGAGGAGCAGCCUCCGGUGUAUCUGAGAUUCGAGAACCAGACUGAAGCAAGAGUGGACGUGCUGUGGCUGUCGCACACAGGCGAGGAGCACUGCUAUUUCGGCCUCCUGCCCGCCUGCUGCAACACUCAGGCUACCUUUGAGGGGAACGUAUGGCUCGUGCGUGAUGCUGCCACUCAGAAGCUGUUGCAUAGAGUGAAGGUCGCCCUAUGUUCCUCGGUUGGCCGUCGACAGAGGUACCUCAUCCGCCCACGCCCAUCCCAGCAGCACAUGCUGCUUGGUGCUGCUGUCGAUCAUGCUGCUGCUGCUGCUGCUGCUGCUGCUGCUGGUAAUGCAGCUGCAUGUGUUAAGCAAGUGGUAGUGGAGGACGAGGCAGAGGGAGAUGUGCGGGUACCGUCGUGUUACAGGCAGGUGGUGGGCACGGCAGUGGGCGUGCCGGUGGUGGCACAUGGGCGUGUGUGCAUGCCUGCUCUCUGUGCUGCUGCUGACAUCGUCGAACACAUGCUGGAGCUCACCCCGCCUGAUGUGGUAACCAGGUUACAGGACAACUGGUGCAAGGUGGCGGUGAUUGGUCGAGAGCAGGUGACAACGGACAUACUGGAGCAUUCGCACCUGAGGGGGACUCGCACGGACGAUGGGCGGGACUGGGACUGUGAGGUGAGAUGGGGGGGGAUGCGAGGUGGCGGAGGGAAAGGGAUGAGAGGACCAACGUGUAAGGAGAGAGAGAGAGAGCAGGUGACGAGGGAUAUACUGGAGCACACUUGCAUCUGA